CUAGCCAAUUUUAUUUACACACAACGUCGACGUCGGCAACAAGUGCAUUUAUUAUUUUCUUGGCUUCACAAUGUUUUUUUGCAAGCUAAUCCUAGUACUAUUCAUUGGAGUAAUUGCAAAUUGUAGCGCUAGCAUCGAACGCGUCGAUGACUCAGACUUGAUUCACAUUUUAACCGGCGAAGGCGACGUGGUGGCUUUGUUUACUAGGGCUACAAACUGCGGAGAGUGUGUGGAGUAUGAACGCGUUAUUGCCAAUGCCCAAGACGAGCUAAAGGAGACGCUUGGCGCUUCGGUUGUGCAAGCCCAUGACAGUAAUCUUAUACACAUUUACGAUCCGAGUCGGGAACCAGCUUUACUCUAUUUCCGACGUGGAAUUCCCAUACUAUACACUGGCGACAUUAAUGCCGAGGAGAUCUUGCACUUCUUCAGCGACAAUCGAGAGCCUGCCGUGAAGGAGCUAUCCGACGAGACGUUUGAGCAUUUGACACAGGCCUCAACAGGAGCGACAACUGGAGAUUGGUUCAUAUUCUUCAAUUCCGCUGAGUGUGUGCUCUGCCAGCGCUUGUAUGCGAUUUGGGAAUCUGUUGCCGGCAAGCUAAAGCGCAAGAUCAAUGUGGCUAGAGUGAAUGCCUUGGCUGCUGGAGUUUCCACAGCGAAACGUUUCAAUGUUGUGGAGACGCCAGAGUUCAUCUUGUUGCGCCAAGGCAAGCUGUAUCGAUAUACGCUAAAGGAGUUUACGCCCCAAGCAUUCAUCGAGUUUGCGGAGGGCGGUUUUGCAAAGACAUCGCAUCCGGAGCCUGUGCCGCCGAUAGCUGGUUUGAUGGACGAUAUCUCUCUUAAACAAAUUCUGGAACACGUCAGUAGUUAUGGCCCAUUGCCAUUGGCCAUUGUUGGCGGUCUAUCAUUGAUAAUACUCGUUUAUAUUCUUAAGUCUGUAUGCAAGUCAUCAGAAAAGCCGAAGAAAACAAAGAAAGAUAAAUAGCAUAGUUCGACUAAGAGUUGAAUCAAAAAAUGUAACUGUGAAUGCAUGUCAAGUUUUGUAAUAAAAUGCAAAUAAAAAAAU